CUACUUGUGCAUUCUCUCGUGAGAGGGACUCAAGUAUCAAAUCAAACUAGAGAAAUCAUUGUGGAUGUUCUCCAGUUCUCUGUGAUCCACACGAGCAUCUUGAGUGAGACUGUGUAAUGUGAAAAUGUUUAAUAAUUUUCCUGUCUCACUCUCUCUUUACUUCUCUGAGCCAUAACUAGUUUUGUCUGUCAACGAAGAUUACGCUGGCAAUCUAUUCUUGGCACCUGUCAAACACGUCCCGUUAGCCAGUGGCUAGUUGUGCGGUAUGCCUCAGGAGACUUUCGACAUCGUCUACGACGACACAAUAAGACAGCGCAGCGGGAUGUUAAUAAGAGAUGGAGUAAUAAUCUUCAUUUUGGCGCGCGUACUCUUUUACUUGAUCAGAUGACCAUGGCAACGGAUUAUAGGAGAGUCUCGUUAUCUAUCAGAGUAAGAGAUAAGUUCUGCAGUCGACACUACAAACGGGAUGAAGGUGGCGAUAAAGAAAUUGGCACGACCGUUCCAGUCAGCUGUUCACGCCAAAAGAACCUACAGGGAAUUGCGUAUGCUUAAGCACAUGAAUCACGAGAACGUAAUUGGACUCCUGGACGUCUUUCAUCCCUCCACAUCCCUCGAGGAUUUUCAGCACGUCUACCUGGUGACGCAUCUGAUGGGAGCCGACCUCAAUAACAUCGUCAGGACCCAGAAGCUUUCCGAUGAUCACGUCCAAUUCCUCGUCUACCAGAUUUUACGUGGCCUCAAGUACAUCCACUCUGCUGGGAUCAUACACAGGGAUCUGAAGCCCUCGAACAUUGCUGUCAACGAGGACUGCGAACUAAAGAUUCUAGACUUUGGCCUAGCUAGACCAGCUGAAAAUGAGAUGACAGGUUACGUAGCCACCAGAUGGUAUAGGGCACCUGAGAUCAUGCUCAACUGGAUGCACUAUAAUCAGACAGUUGAUAUAUGGUCGGUAGGAUGCAUAAUGGCCGAACUACUCACAGGAAGGACGCUAUUCCCAGGAACCGAUCAUAUUCAUCAACUGAACCUCAUUAUGGAAAUCCUUGGUACUCCACGAGACGAGUUUAUGCAGAAAAUAUCAUCCGAAUCGGCCAGAAAUUACAUACAGAGUUUGCCGCCAUUGAAGAAAAAGAAUUUCAAAGACGUUUUUCGCGGUGCCAAUCCGCUAGCCAUAGAGUUACUCGAACUGAUGCUGGAGCUGGAUGCUGAGAGAAGAAUAACAGCGGAACAGGCUUUGGCACAUGCUUACCUGGCACAAUAUGCAGAUCCAACGGACGAACCACUUUCUCUUCCCUACGAUCAGAGUUUCGAAGACAUGGAUCUGCCCGUGGAAAAGUGGAAGGAGCUCGUCUACCACGAGGUGGUGAAUUUUGUGCCUCAACAAUUGCCAAGCUCCUCCAGUGCCACGGAAACCACAUCGUAGUAUCGGCAUUGCAAUUUAUUAGUUCGUUAAGCGUUCUCUAGGUGGACACAUCUAAUUGGCACUACAAGCAGGAUAAUCAAGAGCAAGAUGGCGUGUCUGCCUAUAAAAUCUACCUAACGUGUACAUAAUGAUUUAUAGCUAGAUUGGCUAAGCCUAUUUUUCAAAGAGUUUAGAUUAACAUCUACGUAUCUUUCUAGCAAGAUGAAUGAAAGGAAGUGAGUGACCUUGAGACAUGUGCGCACUGUGAGAAUGGCGCAAGAAGCGUGAGUGGCCCGUACAUAAAAGAUUUUUAUUCUGUUAGAACGAACGGAGUAAAGGAAGUAGAUGGCGUCACGAUCUAAUAAGAUCUUGCACAAUUAUGUUAAUCAGAUACUUUCGUACGUUGUUUUCGAAAAUUACGUGUAACGUAUUACGUAUAACGCAACUGAAUUAUUCUAAGUAAUUGUCCACGCGUUCACACACAUGCUUAUACACACGCAGACACAAUUUAUACACACAUUAUCUGCACACUCGCAAGUUACCUUUAUAGCAUACAAUUACUAUUCUACUCGCAGUGCCGUUAUGCGAUAAUCAAAAGGCCUAAUUUAUUACCGCUAGUUUACUAAUAUCCAUACGUUAAGCAUAGUGGCAGAGUCUCGAGUAAGUUCUUGAGAUAUAUUUUUCUCGUGGUAUUCAAAGCCGACUCUAAGGAGAAGAAGGGUGAUGGAGGUGAUGGAGGGGAUAGAGCCAUCGUGCGGCAGUAUUAUUUUACCUCUAACGUAGGCCACGUUGCCUAGGUUUACUCUGUGUAUCACCACUGCAUCAAUAUUACGUGAGAAUGAUAGAAGAGCAACGUUUCCUUGGAUCAUUUCGAUCAUGCUAUAUCUAGCAACCCAAGGAAGGUGGUAUCUUAAUCAUGCUGAGAUGAUCCACGUUAUUUUAUGAUUACACUAGAAAUACGUAUUGGUUAUUUUGUCGAUCACCCAAAUGUCAAAUACAGAAGACUUGCAUUAUU